CCUUCUCUUGCACUCUAGGUCGCAAUGCUGGCUCGGUGGCCCUUCCCAACGGUGGACGUCCCAGACCACCACCAUCACACCCUCGGCUCCAUCAUCCUCGCCGUCGGCAUAACAGGCAUGGCGGGAAACUUCCUCGUCAUGUACACCUUCUGCAGGAGUAAGAGUUUGCGUACUCCGGCCAACAUGUUCAUUAUUAACCUGGCGUUAACAGGCUUCCUGAUGUGUGUGACUCAGACCCCCAUCUUCUUCAUCAACAGCAUGCACAACCGGUGGAUCUUUGGAGAAAAAGCGUGUGAGCUGUAUGCAUUGUGUGGAGCAUUGUUUGGGGUGACCAGUAUGAUGACUCUGCUGGUGAUAGCCGUGGACCGCUACUUCGUCAUUACGCGGCCGCUGGCGUCCAUGGGUGUGAUGUCACGACGUAGGGCCCUCUACGUCAUGGCUGCUGCCUGGCUCUACUCUUUGGCCUGGUCUCUACCGCCCUUCUUUGGCUGGAGUGCGUAUGACCCAGAGGGUUUGAUGACGUCGUGUUCGUGGGACUACAUGACAUUCACGCCAUCCGCCCGCUCUUACACCAUGUUGCUAUUCAUCUUCGUCUUCUUCAUCCCCCUCUUCAUCAUCAUCUACUGUUAUGUAUGCAUCUUCACUGCUAUACGCAGCGCCACACGGGCUGCACGUAAGAUAAACGAGGGCACCGGGGACUCAUUGACGCGCAUGCAUAAGAUGAGGAGUGAGUGGAAGACGGCCAAGAUCGCUCUCAUUGUCAUCCUGCUCUAUGUCAUCUCCUGGGCCCCAUACUCCUGUGCCGCUCUUACCACCUUCGCAGGGUAGGGUGGUGUUUGUGUCUGAUCAUAGUACCCCCCCCCCCCCCCCCCCCCCCUCCCCCUCUCAACUGUAUGGAUGUGCCAGCUGAGGGACAGUGAUACUGUGUAAGAAAUUCAGCUCUGUUUUCACCUAGUGUUCUCUGAGUUCAUCUAUAUAGUGUCACUAUAUAGAACACUACAUUGUAGCUGGUCCCAUCAGAUGACGUGGCACACGUUAGCCCUAUGCUACCAUCACCAGAUGCCAGUGAUUAUUUUCUGUCACAACUUAGUCCAACAAUUGCAAAUGAGAGUUUCUAUUGGACAAAUUCAGGU